CCCCCCGAGGACGACGAGUGGAGUCUUGCCAUCUGUGGACUUCGCCGUCAACUGCAUCAAUAUACGGGGAGGUUUUCUCAAUGCCAAUUGGAAACCACUGGAUGACGGCAGCAGUUAUGAGCUCCACUCCAAGAUCUUCGGUGGAACUAAGGGAAUAGUCGUCACGCACCGAAGGGACCGGACCUACAGGCAGUGCAUCUUGUUCUGGAAGCUGGACAACAGAUCGAUCCACAAGAUGCUCAAAGCGGUCUGCGGCCCCGACUAUUCCCUGAUUAAAGUCGUGGAUGGUGCAGAAGGUAAAUGUGUUUGUGAACUUGCGGUCACACAAGAGCUGACAAACGUCCGUGGAAUGCUGCAUGGGGGUACCACGGCGUUAUUGGUGGACUCCAUCUCCACGAUGGCUCUGCUUACCAAGACAGACAAUAUUCCCGGCGUCAGCGUCAACAUGAAUAUAUCGUACAUCAAGUCAGCCCCUCUUGGAUCGGAGAUCGUUGUGAAUGCCCAGACACUGCAUGUGGGCCGGAAACUAGCGUUCUUAACAGUGGACAUCACAAACAAGGUGGAUGGGUCACUUAUAGCACAAGGAACACACACCAAAUAUGUAGGACAAACAAAAUCUUAACAAUACACAGACUUCUCUAUAUAAAAAGGAAACAAAAGUGGCUAGCACAAGUAAUUCCGUGACAUGCCACUUUGAACUGGAAUUGAGAUGCUCGUUUCAGGUAUUUACAUAGCUUACAAUGCCAAAAGCCGAUUGUUGCCAGUUAUUUCUUGUAAUUAAAGGGACAUUCCCGAGUUUGCAGCAUUGUAAGAUGUUUCCAACUAAUAAAAUAUUUCUACGAUU